GCCGCGCGCCGCCCCUCCCCCGCCCCGCUCGGCUGCGCGCCGCUCCGGGCAGGUAGAGCCGCGCUGCGGGCGCGCCGGGGCCGCAGCAGCUGUCGCCCCACCUCGCCUCGGCCCUGCGCACAGCCUCGCGCGCCCAUGGCGGGCUCGGAGCAGCAGCGGCCGCGGCGGCAGGACGACGGAGACUCGACCGUGGCGGCGGCGGCGGCGGCACCCCUGCAGGACGCGGAGCUGGCCCUGGCUGGCAUCAACAUGCUGCUCAACAACGGCUUCAGGGAGUCGGACCAGCUUUUCAAACAAUACAGAAAUCAUAGCCCAUUAAUGAGUUUUGGAGCCAGUUUCGUCAGUUUCUUGAACGCCAUGAUGACAUUUGAGGAAGAAAAAAUGCAGUUGGCGUGUGAUGACUUAAAGACGACAGAGAAACUGUGUGAAAGCGAAGAGGCUGGAGUAAUUGAAACCAUCAAGAAUAAAAUUAAGAAGAAUGUUGAUGUCCGAAAAUCUGCCCCCUCUAUGGUUGAUCGGCUUCAGAGGCAGAUAAUCAUAGCCGAUUGUCAAGUUUAUCUGGCUGUGCUCUCGUUUGUGAAACAAGAAUUGUCAGCCUAUAUAAAAGGUGGGUGGAUCCUUAGGAAAGCCUGGAAGAUUUACAAUAAAUGCUAUCUGGACAUCAGUGCCCUUCAGGAGCUGUAUCAGAAGAAGCUAACUGAAGAGCCUUUGACUUCUGACGCUGCAAAUGAUAAUCACAUUGUGGCUGAAGGGGUGUCUGAGGAGUCUCUAAACAGACUGAAAGGUGCUGUUAGCUUUGGAUAUGGCCUUUUUCACCUUUGCAUAUCCAUGGUGCCCCCCAACCUGCUCAAAAUCAUCAACCUGCUGGGUUUUCCUGGAGACCGCCUGCAAGGGCUUUCUUCACUGAUGUAUGCAAGCGAAAGUAAGGACAUGAAGGCCCCUUUAGCUACAUUGGCUCUGCUCUGGUAUCAUACUGUAGUCCGUCCGUUUUUUGCCUUGGACGGCAGUGAUAACAAAGCAGGCCUGGACGAAGCGAAGGAAAUUCUUCUCAAAAAAGAAGCUGCUUACCCAAAUUCUUCCCUCUUCAUGUUUUUCAAGGGACGCAUACAACGAUUAGAGUGUCAAAUCAACAGUGCCUUGACUUCUUUCCAUACCGCUUUGGAGCUUGCAAUAGAUCAGCGAGAAAUCCAACAUGUCUGUCUGUAUGAAAUUGGUUGGUGCAGCAUGAUAGAGCUGAACUUCAAGGAUGCAUUUGAUUCCUUUGAGAGGCUAAAAAACGAGUCCAGGUGGUCACAGUGCUAUUACGCCUAUCUAACUGCGGUUUGUCAGGGAGCCACCGGUGACGUGGAUGGGGCACAGAUAGUCUUCAAAGAGGUUCAGAAACUCUUCAAAAGGAAAAACAAUCAGAUUGAACAGUUCUCCGUGAAAAAGGCAGAGAGGUUUCGGAAACAAGCUCCAACCAGAGCACUGUGUGUGCUGGCCUCCAUCGAGGUGUUGUACCUGUGGAAAGCCCUUCCCAACUGUUCCUUCCCCAACCUGCAGAGGAUGAGUCAAGCUUGCCACGCAGUGGAUGAUUCAUCUGUCGUUGGAUUAAAGUAUUUGCUUCUUGGUGCCAUACACAAAUGUCUAGGAAAUUCAGAAGAUGCUGUUCAGUUCUUCCAGCGAGCUGUUAAAGAUGAGUUGUGUCGUCAGAAUAACUUAUAUAUUCAGCCAUAUGCCUGCUAUGAACUUGGCUGCCUUCUAUUAGACAAACCAGAGACUGUAGCAAGAGGCAGAACUCUACUUCUUCAAGCAAAGGAGGAUUUCUCUGGCUACGACUUUGAAAACAGAUUGCAUGUCCGCAUCCAUGCUGCUCUGGCCUCUCUGAGGGAACUGGUUCCUCAGUGACGACACGGGGUUUCUGCUCCGUCCCUCCCCACCAGGU